AUGGUCUCAUUCGAUGUAACUGCCCUUUUUCCAUCCAUUCCCGUCAAUGAAGCAGUCGAAGCAAUCAAACAACAUUUACAUAAAUUCGAUUUACCACCAGAACAAGAAAAAGCUUACAUUGAUUGCAUCAACAUUUGCAUGAAGCAUAAUUGUUUUCAAUUCCGGAACUUAUUUUAUUCAAACAACUUCGGGUGCAGUAUGGGAAAUGGCCUCUCACCAUAUAUCGCAGAGGCAUUCAUGUGUAAAUUUGAGUCAGAUUUACACAAAGAAGGUAAACUACCACGUAUUUGGUAUAGAUAUGUUGAUGACACCUUUGCUGUGGUGAAAAAAUCAGAAGUUGACCAGGUUCUCACAACAAUCAAUAAUAGAUUUCCCAGCAUCAAAUUUACUUUUGAGAAGGAGGACGACAAACUUCACACAUUACCCUUCCUCGACGUUGAAAUCAAACGAAAAGAGAAAAGAGUUGAGUUCAGUGUUUACAGAAAAUCCACCUCGACAGAUCGGUACAUAACAAAGGAUUCAUAUUGUGCAUAUAAUCAAAAAAUUGCAGCUUUUCAUUCCAUGGUUUACAGAUUAUGCCGUCUUCCUCUAUCUGUUGAAAACUAUAUGAGAGAAUACCAACAAAUACUUCAUAUAGCUAAUGUGAACGGGUACGAGAAAUCAAUCAUAGACCAACUGAUCAAAAAGCACUCGAAAAAGUUAAAGCGAAACAACGUUAGUACUUUGUUCGAACAAAAUACAAAUGCACAAAAACAACGUAUCACUCUACCCUUCGCCCCAAAUAUUACCAACAAGCUGAUACAUGUCUUUGCGAAAUCAGAAAUGAGCAUUGUACAUACCAACAACAACAAAUUAAAAACUCUCCUAGGAUCCACAAAAGACAACACACCAACUAACCGAUGCAGCGGCAUUUAUCAAAUCUCUUGUUCUAACUGUGACAAAAAAUAUAUUGGACAAACAAGGAGAGCUGCUGAGGUUAGAUUCAACGAACAUCUUCGAUCCGUAAAAAAGAAAGAGAUAGACAAAGCAAUAGCAGCCCACAUCUAUGAUCCAAAUAAUGACAAUCAACACACAAUAACUUCUUUUGACAACAAUUUUAAGCUUUUAAAAAAAGUAAACAAACCAAAUAAACUUGAUGCCUAUGAAUCCAUACAUAUACACAUAAACAACAAUUUGAUGAACUUGGAACCUGGACCAAUUAUUGACUCUCAACUUUUCAACGCACUCAAAAGAGAAUAA